GAGCAAAGAACACCAGGGCAUCCACGCCGACGGCAAACACCAUGGGUCACCACUAAAUCGCUGCUGUCCUUCCUUCUUUCCUCUCCUUCUAUAAACUCCUUUGCAUUGAACCACCUUCACCUUCAUCUCGCAAGCGACACUGCCCGCCAUGUCGCCGCUCGACUUCUAUCCCGCCUCGCCCAAGGAGGCGCUGGCCAAGCAGUACGUGGGCAAGUCGAUCCGCGAUGUGCCCACGCCCGCCGCCGUCCUCGACGUGUCAGCCGCGCGCCGAAACUGCAAUCGCAUGCUGCAGGCUUGCGAGCAGCUCGACCUGGGAUGGCGCGCCCACGUCAAGACGCACAAGACUGUCGAAUUGACGCGCCUUCAAGUCGGCGAUGAUGCCAAGCGCCCAGCCAACCUGGUAGCCUCGACGCUGGCCGAGGCCGAGUUCCUCGUUCCCCUCCUUCAGGAGUACCGGAGCCAGGGCCGGCGCGUGAACAUCAUGUAUGGCCUGCCCUUCCCGAAAAACGCCCUCUCCCGCUUCGCUGCCAUCGCCAAGGCCCUCGGUGAGGGAGGCGUGUCCAUCCUGCUCGACGACCCGGCUCAGCUGCCCAUCGCGUCUCAGAUAAAGGAGCUGUCCGGUGUGGCGCCACAUGCCUACAUCAAGGUCGACAUGGGUGGGCGCCGGGCUGGCAUCCCCGUCGACAGCGCGCAGUUUGCAACUGUGACAGAGGCUGCUCUCGACGCUCACAGCCAAGGAAGCAUCAUCCUCUCGGGCAUGUAUUCCCACGCCGGGCACUCGUACGGCGGGGACAGCCGCGCGGCAGCCAUCAAGAUGAUGGGUGCUGAGCUCAGCGCUCUGCUGGACGGGGCGGAUCGCGUGCGCAGCAAGGCUGCCGAGAAGGGCACUGCCAAUCCUCCAUCGUUGACUCUGUCGGCUGGAGCGUCGCCGACCGCCCUAUCAGUGCAGAACUUAGUGUCUGGCAAGCAUGGCGACGACGAUGUCACCCCGGAGCUGCAGACCGAAGUCGACUCCCUGAAUGCGCUGCUCAAGACGAUCAGGGACAGGAAGCACGGCGUCGAGAUCCACGCUGGCGUGUACCCGACGCUCGACCUACAGCAGCUCGCGGCACACAGCAUCAAAGCCACACACCUGUCCUGGGGCGACGUUGCCUUUACCCUGCUCGCCGAGGUGCACAGCAUCUAUCCCGGCCGCGGUGCCGACGGCACGGACGAGGGCCUCGUGGGCGCGGGAUGCAUCGCCCUGGGCCGGGAGACGUGCAAAGCCUACAAGGGCAUGGCUAUCCCGACGCCUUGGGGCCGCGAGGGCGUCGAGCUGCCGACAUGUGAUGUGGAGGACUACACGGGGUGGAUGGUCGGCUGGGUAUCUCAAGAGCACGGAAUCCUCCAGUGGCGCUCUGGCAGUAAGACGCAGGUUGCGGAGGCUGACAAGAAGCUUGAGGUUGGACAGAAGCUGAGACUGUGGCCGAACCACGCAUGCAUCACGGGUAGCCACUUUGGUUGGUACUUUGUGGUGGACGAGGACAAGGGGGAUGAGAUUGUGGACAUUUGGGUCCGCACGAGGGGGUGGUAGACGACGAUCGGAAAGACGAAAGCAGAAAGCAAAAGGCAUGGCAUGGCG